CAAAGCAGCUUCAGCCCAGCAGCAGAAACUUUGGGUGGUCGGAAGAGCCCCAUUCAGAUCGUCUCCGUGAAAAAAACGUUACGGUUUGAGAUGAUCUUUAAACAAGUAGCAUCUUCGACAAAGUGAUUUAAGUUAAUAGGAAGGAUAUCUGUUUAGUGCUUUCCAAGUUCGAGAGUAUCAUUUGGAAAUAUGGAUCAGUUUGUGGAUUCAGAAAGAGCUAAUCUGAUAACUGAAAGCAAGGCAAGAAUGUACACGCUGCGCCUGAAAAGCCCUUUUUCCAGUUCAAAAGAAGUCUACCCAAAUCAUCCACUUGACAAUGGAAACAAUGCCAACUCUAUUGAAUUGGAAAGAUAUGUAAGUCAGCACUGCCACAGAUCUGCAUCGUACACUGAAAAUAGAGAAAAACUACAAGCAAGAAGGAAACUCUUCAUUGCUGCCAUUAUUUGUCUUAUAUUUAUGGUUGGAGAAGUUGUAGGCGGCUACUUUGCUCACAGUUUGGCCAUCAUGACGGAUGCAGCUCACUUAUUGACGGAUUUUGGCAGUAUGCUAGUUAGCCUUUUCUCUCUUUGGAUUUCCACACGACCAGCAACAAAAUCUAUGAACUUUGGUUGGCAUCGGUCAGAGAUUCUGGGAGCUUUCCUCUCUGUACUGUCAAUCUGGGCAGUGACAGCAGUGUUGGUCUACCUUGCUAUCCAGCGACUGAUCAGCAAAGACUUUGAAAUUGAAAGCCAUGUAAUGCUUAUUACAUCUGGGUGUGCUGUAGGAGUCAAUAUCAUAAUGGCUGUCAUACUCCAUCAAUCAACCCCUUUCCACAGCCACAGCCACCACUAUGGAGCUGGCUAUGAGGAGUUAGAAAACAGCAGAGUUGAUGAACACUCUUCUCACCCAAACCAUCUGGGAAACACCAGUGUGAGAGCAGCCUUCAUACAUGUCAUUGGAGAUUUGUUCCAGAGUAUUGGAGUGUUUGUGGCAGCCACGAUCAUCUUCUUUAAGCCUGCAUAUAAAAUUGCGGAUCCUAUCUCUACAUUUUUCUUCUCCAUUUUUGUCCUGUGCACUACUAUUACUAUUUUAAGAGAUGUCUUCCGUGUGUUACUGGAAGGUACUCCUAAAGGCUUGACAUUUAAUUCAGUGAAAGAAGUACUUAUUUCCGUAAGAGGAGUGAAAGCUGUCCACAAUCUCCAACUCUGGGCUUUGACAUUGAACCAGCCACUGCUAUCUGUCCAUAUUGCCAUAGAGGAGAAUGCAGAUGCUCAAACUGUGCUUAAGGAAACCACUGAAAUCCUUCGAAGCAAGUUCUCCUUCCACACUACAACAAUUCAAGUUGAAAAGUUCACAGAGGACAUGUUAGACUGCAGCCAGUGCCAAGAUCCAAAAGACUGAGAUUGUCAAAACCAAGAUCCCAGGAGGUGCCAUUUGUUGUUGUGUUGUACAUUUGUCUAUGUAUUUUACAUGAUUUCCAAAAAUCUAGCACAGCUUCCACGGCCAUUGAACUUACACCAUUUGGGUAUAGGAGCUCAAUGCUUUUCUGCAAAGCAAAAAUUCUAUGGGAAUGUAUCAAAAAUAGGCCAAAUUAUUCUUGAUUGAGUAGUCAUACUUCCCCAGUCAGAAACCAAAGUAGUUUAGUUGUAAUAUUUUGGGUGGAGGGCAAUACAGAAUUAAGUGGAGUUCAAUAAUUAUUGGUCUGAAUUUUCCUGAAAAUCACUGGGAGCUCUAUGUGCAACUGCAGCUGUUUUAUUCCAUCAGUGUCAAUAAACUGUAAACACGGUUUACAACCCUGUGUGCACAGAUCGGUCUUAGAUCCUCGCACCCCACCCCACCACGUGAUGUUCAUCAGCAAUUUCCCAAAGGAGCUCUGAAGUUGGGCUGAUCAAAGAAUCCAGUGGCAGAGAGACAAUUUUCUGAAAAUUUCCAGCAAGUUGUAGAAGACAUUGGUGGUGCUACACUUGUUAUUCUGUGUUCAGUUUUUGUCACACCUACAGGAAGGAUGUUAUUAAGCUGGAAAGUGUGCAGAGAAGAUGUAUGUGGAUGUUGCCAGGACUUGAGGGACUGAGCUAUACGGAGAGGUUUGGCAGGCUAGGACUAUAUUCUGUGGAGGGCAGGAUGCGGAGGGGCGAUCUUAUAGGGGAAUAGAUAAUCUGAACUCUUUUACACAGGGUAGGGGAAUCAAAAACAAGAGGAUAUAAGAUGCGAUUUAAUAUGUACCUGAGGGGCAACCUUUUCACUCAGAGGGUGAUGGGUAUAUGGA